GUUGGAUCAUCUAACUCCAGUUUACUUUUGACAUGCACAACUGUAAGUUGACCCUCCACGUUCCAUCCACUUGUGCUUCGUAAUUGGGGUGAAAACAAGACAAAAAGGACACCACAUAGCCAGAUAGAUCAGUGGCUGCUGGCCUCUUGGGAACGCAAAGAAAAAACUUCCAGAAGGCGAUCCUGGCUCUCACACAACAUCGAUGACCUUCGAGUGACUGGUUUGAAACUAGAACCUACAACCACCAGUAUAUUGUUCAGUGUGCUAAAAGCCGUCUCGAUUAGUUGCUGUGGAUAGUUCCCUCCAUUUGGGUUGAAUUGCUAAAUGGUCCGUUGUCUGGGAACGUCCGUGGAAAUUGACGCCGGAAAAUGUCGCUUCUCAUGGAGCGCCCAACCGGAAACUCAAAUGCUUCUUCACCUUCCAAUUCCAACACGAAGGGCAACGGACAUACAUCCAAAGUCGACCACGCCAAAGAACUAAAUGGAACUCCAUCGGCUUAUCCUGGGUACUCGAUGAAUCCAAGUAGUGAAUGCCACGCCCUUGCAACCAUGACAGCCUCGGCUCAGAUCUCGUCCUCCCCGAGUGCGUCAGCUACCAAGUUUCAGCAUCCACGUCAACGACUUGGGUGUCGACACACCUCCAUAUCAAACGGAAACGAGAGCACCAACCGUUGCUCAGAUUGCUCACCCACUUCCUCCUCGUCAGCAUCGUCCUCAGCAUCUUCAGCAUCCUCGGGAUCCAUGGCGUCUUCGUCCUCGGACCACCCCCAUUCAAAAUUAGUGCCAUCUCCAUCCAGUCUUCCCCGGGACAAUGUCCAGCAACGCCUUCAGGACACAUCCUCGUUUGACCUGAUCGAAUCUGGUGAGGGCACUCUUCCAUCCCCGUCCGCCGAACUGCUUCACGUUCGAAUUGGUCAGCCUCAUCAUCCGGUUGUUGAAGAAGAGGGAGAGAUCGGGCAUGAACCUGGGCCCCCCUCCCCCUCGCCGAGUGACCAGCAACGAAAGUCCAGUAAUCCGUUGGUUAGGUUAUUGUACAAGCUCACGCGCAAGCAAGUGGAAGAAAAGCGGACGGACAUCACUCUAGAUAUGCUCCAGCCCAGUCGAUAUAAACCUAACGAUCUGAACCAAAUGGCCGAGGACACGAAAUUCUCGAAGCGGGAGGUCCGCUCGCUCUAUCGCGCUUUCAAGCAAGAGUGUCCCAAUGGCAUUGUGGAUGAGGAGACUUUCAAGGACGUGUAUGAGAAGAUUUUUCCACUGGGCGAUGCCACCCACUACGCUCAUCUGGUUUUCUUAGCCAUUGACAGGGAUCGAACGGGUGGGAUUACCUUCGGAGACUUUAUGGAAUUCCUUUCUGUGAUCACCAAGGGAUCACUGCAAGAUAAGCUUCUUUGGGCCUUUACCUUCUACGACGUCGAUCAUGACGGAUUCAUAAGCAAAGACGAAAUGCUGAAGGUGACAGAUGCCAUUCACGAGCUGAUGGGCUCGAAGAAUACCUCCAAUACCUUGGAUGCCCACAUCAACGUGGACAGGAUCUUUGAGACCAUGGACUUGAACCGAGAUGGGCUGAUCUCAAUGGAGGAAUUCGUCCAAUAUUGUACCUCGACCACAGAAGUGAGGGAAUCCUUGGAGGUCCUUCCAUAUAUGCAGUCAGAGCGACAACAAAACCCACCAAUGCACGAACUCACAUGCACACACAGUUCCAACUCAAAGUGCCCGGCCAGCAUCGCUCUUUCUUUCCCUCCCUCUAGCCAUCCACCCAUCCAUCCAUCCAUCCAUCCAUCUACCUAUCUAUCUAUCCAUUUAUCUAUCCAUCCAGUCAUCCCUACUUUCCUACCCAAAGAGUUGGUUGGCUCUCUGUGUGGAGAAACGCUAACAAAGGAACGAAAGAACUGCUCUGGAAUGACAGUGUUCCAAUCAGUGUUAGAGUGUGCCUUGUUCCAAGCCGCAUGCUUCCUCACAGGAUUAUUAUUCGUCGUCGUUGUCGUGGUUUGUUUCCAUCCGCACAUGGGAAGGAACACACACCUACGGAGAACUCGCGCCCUCGCUCGCUGUUGAUAUUCAUAUGAUUACCAUCGAUAUAAUUCCUAUCAGACAUAAAUAAGUGAAUACAUAUAUAUUAUAUCUGA